AUGCCCAUUGCACAGAGAAAUAUUGUUCCCGACAGCAAACAGAAAGCUAAGAAAAUCAGGACCCAAAUAAGAAAAGUCCACCCCGACAAGAUGCAAAUGCCCAUAGCGGGUCGGCGGCCGGGCCGGGUUCCGGGGUUCUGGGCUCGCGGGCCGCGCUGUCCCGGCCUGAGCGUUCGCCCGCUCCCCGCAGAGGAUUUCGUGUACCAGUUUAAGUGCCAGUGCUACUUCACCAACGGGACGCAGCGGGUGCGGUACCUGACCAGAUACAUCUACAACCGCGAGGAGUUCGUGCGCUUCGACAGCGACCUGGGGGAGCACCGCGCGGUGACCGAGCUGGGGCGGCCGAGCGCCAAGUACUGGAACAGCCAGAAGGAGAUCCUGGAUCGGACUCGCGCCGAGCUGGACACCGUGUGCAGACACAACUACGAGCUGGACAUCCCUGUGACCGUGCAGCGCCGAGUGGAGCCGAGGGUGAGCAUCUCCCUAUCCAAGACAGAGGCCCUGAACCACCACAACCUGCUGGUCUGCUCGGCGUGGGAUUUCUAUCCACAGCAGAUCAAAGUCCAGUGGUUCCGGAAUGGCCAGGAGGAGACAUCUGGCGUCGUGUCCACCCCUGUUAUUAGGAAUGGGGAUUGGACCUUCCAGAUCCUCGUGAUGCUGGAGAUGACCCCCCGGCAAGGAGACGUCUACACCUGCCGCGUGGAGCACCCCAGCCUCCAGAGCCCCGUCACAGUGGAGUGGCGGGCACAGUCUGAAUCUGCACAGAGCAAGAUGCUGAGCGGCAUCGGGGGCCUCGUGCUGGGGCUGAUCUUCCUUGGGCUGGGUGUUUUCAUCCGUCGGAGGAAUCAGAAAGGAACUCGUGGGCCUCCACCUGCAGGGCUCCUGCACUGACCCCGGACUACAUUUUGACUGGGAUUGGCUAUCGCUCUUCAGCAAGGUCUGCUUGUUCCAGCCCAGGGUUCCCAGCUCGACGGUCUGUCCUCUUCUGAGAUCAGAGUCCUGCAGUGGCUCUAUUGAAGCUGCCACCUUAGCUCUGUGACCACAUCCCAAGGAUCUGGGCCGCUGCCUCCUGUACUGUCCCUGGACCCUCUGUCUGUGCACUGCGACACCAUCUGUUUAGACCCUGCCGACUUUCUGUGCUCCAUUGUCCCCUACAGACUGCUCAAAAGAAACAUGGAAACCAUCUGCCUGACUAUAGAGCUUUUUUUCAAAAUUAAAUAUGAUUUUGAGUUAUCUGUAUCUGAAAUCUUCUUAACUAAGCCAAGAGAAGAAAGCAGUACAGCAUGAAAGGAACUUGUAUUGAGAUGACCCAACAAGUCUGUCUCCAGAAGUAAACUAGAGGCAGCGUGGGUGUCACGGAAGGGUGGGCCAUGGAGAUAGGAAGUCAACUGGUGCAUCCUUCAUGGUUCUUAGUCUUGCUAUUCGGUGCAGUGGCCUCGCACCUUUUCAAUCUCUUCUCCACUGAGUAUUGUGUAAGAAAACACAGUGGGAUUGUUUGGGGAUAGAUACAGUGACAUCUGGUCAUUGAUGUUUCACUUAUAUCCUGGCCAGUCACAAUUGAUCAAAGCUAAUUUUUGAGAAACUAUAACCAGCAAUAAAAGU